CAUGUCGUCAUGUCCGCCCUGCGUAACGUGCAACUCUGGGAACCACCCGGUGGCGGUGGGAGUGUGUGACACAAAUUUGUUGGUGUAAACGGCUGCGAAGAGAGAUAGUGUGACUAAGUCGUGAUCAUGUUGGCAACUGCAGAUGAUGAUUAUAACUGGGAACCACCAUCAGAAGCUGAAAUGAAGGUGAUUCAGGCACGAAGGGAACGCCAAGAUAAAAUCAGCAAACUUAUGGGAGAUUACCUACUUAAAGGUUAUAAAAUGCUGGGCGAGUGCUGUGGCGACUGUGGGACAAUUCUACUUCAAGACAAGCAGAAGAAGAAUUACUGUGUUGCAUGUCAAGAGCUGGAUUCAGACAUAGAUAAAGACAACCCUGCUUUGAACCCCCAGGCUGCCUUAUCUCAAGUGCGGGAACGACAGCUUGCAUCUAGUACUGAACUUACUUCUGAGACCCCAGAAGAUCUUACCACCCAAAAUGUGCCUAGACCAGAACAUUGUGAAGGUGCUGCUACUGGGCUUAAGAGCGCUCUUCCUGCCCCAGCACCAAGCAGUCAAAGUACAAAAGUGAGGCCUCCGCCUGUCAGCUCAACACCAACCUCACAACCAGUGACAUCUUCAUGGAAAUCGCCAUCAUUUACUGUCUUAGAAGAUGCUGAAGAAGCAGUCCUUCAGAAAAUUACAUGGGCAACUCGGGAAUUGCAGCAUACCUCAUCUGUUGAGAGCAGCAUCCAACUAUGCAAUCUGAUACGAAGCUGCACAGAGUCUUUAAGGGGCAUCAGAGACCUUUCACAGUAAUUUGUUUAAAUAUCAACUGGAAGACACUGGCAGCACUACAGUGGAAUGGAAUGUUGUCUUGGAUGCAGCUUCAGCAAAUCUUAAGUGCUUAUCAGGAGUGUUUUUUACUCUGUUACCUGGAUUUGUACGUUUGAAUAAGUUUGUUUAAAUGAGAGGUUGUCUAAUGCCAGGCACUUAUUCGCUUUGGCGUUUUACCAGUUGUAUUGAAAGUGUAGAUUUCCAUUUCACUCUGCAUCACGUUUUGAACCUCUGCAUUUAUGUAGCCAGUGGUAUGGAGUAACAGCAAAUCCAAACUAUUUGUAGUGCAUGGAAAGUGCUGUAUUAAUGUUGCUGGAAAUUUCUUAAUUCUUUAACAUAAGCUGCUUCUCUUUAAACAUCCUAAUAGUUUACUAAGCCAGCUGUUUGGAAAACUGAUGUAGUCUGCAGUUUCCUCAGUUAUUUUUCAGGUACCAUGGCAGCUUCUAAUGGGAGUAUUUUUCUUAGUAGAUUUUGUUAGCUUGAAAAUAUUCCUGUUUACCUGUAUAUUUUGUGUGAAAAGUGUCACAUUUACCAUAUUUUAUGCCAUAUAAGCUGUUAACUCAUGUAGAAGCUAACAUCUAGUGCUUACUGUUAUGCGAGCAUGGUAUGUGAACGAUAUCAGGUAAUUUGCAAGACUAAAUGCUAUUUAGCAUAGAUAUCUUUAUUAAAUAAAUAAAAUAAAUGCCAGUCUCUAAAUGAUCCUUGAAUAAACAUUGUUUUUGUUAGUAACCAUAAUUAUUCCAAGAUAUUUCGGAUGUCCUAGAAUAAGUAUGCCUAGUUCUUAUGUCUUAAUAGUUUUUCCAGAAUGUUUGCUGAUUUUCUCAGUUGAUGAGAUUGUCUUCAUGUUAAUUGCUGAAGGAUUUGCAAAAUGACAAAGAAGUUUGAAAAAACGAAGUUUAAAAAAACUAAGAUGUUACACUGCAAAUAAAAAAGCUUUGCUAUAUAACUUCUAAA